GCUGGAUGCCCGCACUUUACACACACAUAAAAGGGCAUUUAUGGACAUUGCAGGAUUCCCUGGCGUUGUGGGUGUAAUUGAUGGAACACAUGUGAGAAUAAUUGCGCCAUCAGAGGACGAGGCUGUCUUUGUUAACAGGAAGAAUUUCCACAGCAUCAAUGUGCAAAUAGUGUUCAAUGCGGCCUGGAAGAUUUUGGACAUUGUGGCUAAAUGGCCAGGCUCCACACAUGAUGCGAGAAUGCUCUCCGAGAGUGGCAUCAGACAGCUUUUUGAGAGACGCUAUGUGCCAGCUAAUUGCCACUUGUUAGGGGACAGUGGCUACCCAUGCAAACCAUGGCUCCUUACACCUUACCUCCAGCCACGCCAAGGGCCCCAACUAAACUAUAACAGGGCCCACAAGACAACAAGAGCGGUGGUGGAGCGUGGCAUAGGCCAGCUUAAGAGGCGCUUUCAUGUUCUCCACGGAGAGGUGCGGCUGAGGCCUGAAAAAGUCAGCAAACUCAUCAUAGCCUGUGCAAUAUUACACAAUAUUUGCAAGGUUAGACAGAUUGCAGAACCUCUGGAGGAUGGCGAUGAGGAUGAAGAAGAUAUUCACAUUCCACAGGGGAACCUAGCCCAGAGUGGACUGCCUUACAGGGCAAACUUCACAAAUUUACAUUUCAGGGAUGCUGACGGAGCAGGUGCUGCGGAUGGGAAUGGUGUUUGAUCCGCCGGGCUAUCCUGAGUAGCAGCUGCAGAUGGUUCAGGCGGCAAACUUGAUGGGCCCGGUUCUUGUGAUGGCUCCAUGCUACAGAAAUACAUAGGCCUAGUUUAAUUAUUGUUUUGAUUAAAUUAAUUUAAUACAAUGAGCAUGGAUAACACAUGAAAUGGCUUCUGCAAUGAAUAAACACUGUUGAUAUGAA